AUGAUGAUCAGACUGAUUGUCAGCAGCCGAAGCCGAAGCCGAAGCAGCAGCCGAAGCAGCAGCAGCAGCAGUAGCAGUACCAGUUCAUGUCAUCAACGGCAACUGCUAUUCAUCUUUUAUUUAAUAGCAAAUAUUCUUUUGGUAUCCUCACAAAAUUGUACUGAUAUAUGCUUGGAGAAGAUGGCACAAAUUCGUCUUGAAGAUAUUAAGACUCGUCUUUUAUCGUCAAUGGGUAUGGAUGAACCGCCAAACGUCAACUCCAUAGAUCUUUCACCGGCAACAAUUGAAGAAAUGAUCGAAAGUAUGGCAAAUAUGGACGAGAAACUCGAGGAGGAUACAGCGGAACGAACUUUUAUCAUGGCUGUUGAUCCAUACGACGGAUUUGAUCGAGAAACAUUGGUCGCAAGAUUUCCCGUCUCAAUGACCACAAUGUCACGAAAAGUUGCUAAAGCUAAUCUACAUGUCUAUUUAUAUGUGGAUGAUCCACUUCCUGAACCAGAAAUGGUUGAGGUCAUCGUUUAUGAGCGACGAUUGGACGGAGAGCUUGGUGAUGCCGUCGCGAGUAAAACUGUCGAGAUUCAGAAGAGCACCAAGGUUGUUGUGCCGUUGAAGAGCACCGAUGUGGAGAGGUGGUGGCGAUCUAAUCCGAUUCUUGGUCUUUACGUUGUCGCAAUGUUGAACGGACAAAAUAUUGCGGUUCAUCCGCAGCAAGAUCGUCAUUCACAACAUACAAUGGUCAUGUCGGUCACGUUAAAUUCGGAAGCGUUUUCACGACGGAAGCGAAGUCCAGCGGUUUGCAUGCCGGAGGAUCAGGAACCUGGAUGUUGUCUCUACGAUCUUACUGUGGAUUUUCAACAAAUGGGAUGGAAAUUUAUCAUCGCACCUCACAAAUACAAUGCGUAUAUGUGCAGAGGAGACUGUACACUAAGUCAUGCUCAUGUUGCUAGAGCUGGACAUACAAAAGUGGCGAAGACAGGGAUUAUCACUCGGCAAGAGGCAACUGGAAACCAGGGGAUGUGCUGUCACCCAUCCGAGUAUGAUGCUGUGCGAAUGAUCUACAUGAAUGCUGAUAACCAGGUGACUAUGGCUCGAGUGCCGGGCAUGAUCGCCCGCAAAUGUUCGUGUUCGUGA